CCAACCUCAGAGAGCAGCGGAGUAAUUCCGGGAAAAGGCGGACUGACAUUUUGUCGCCAGAGUCGCUUCGACCCUGCAGAGUGUCUGUAUCUGUGUCGGCUGGUGUUUGGGGGGAAGGAAACUGAAGAUCGUUGGAUCAUGACGACAGAAAGAAGCAGCAAAGCCCUGAAGAUCAAGCAGGAAUGUGGCGAGAACGUGCCCGUCCUGUCGGACAGCGACCUCAUGUCCCUGUCGGUGCGAGAGCUGAACCUCCACCUGCGCGGCCUGUCACGCGACGAGAUCCAAAAGCUGAAGCAGCGCCGUCGCACCCUGAAGAACCGAGGCUAUGCCGCCAGUUGCCGGGUCAAGCGGGUGUCCCAGCGCGAAGCCCUGGAGCAGCAGAAAAUGGAGCUCCAGAGGGAGGUGGAGAGGCUCGGGGCCGAGAACGCUGGCAUGAGGAAAGAGCUGGAGGGGCUCGGCGCGCGACUGGCGGCGCUCCAGAGGUUCGCCAGGGGCCUGGAGGCCGGAGGGGGCCACCUGCUGGCUACAGCCCCACGCCUGAACACCGCCUCAGUGAUCACCAUCGUGAAGAGUCCACCACAGCCCCAACCACAGAGAGAACAGGAGCUGUCCUAGAAGGAGCUGCUGGAACCAGACUGGGGGGAGGGACACACAACCUGCAAUGCAAACACACACACACACGCAUACAUAUACCAUACACACACAUGCUGAGAACAGGAAGACAAUAUCAGUAGGAAAGUACUUAACACUUGUUGAAGUUAUGCCUUUUUCACAUUUCCAAACUCUGUUGGAUUAUAUAUGCAGGAGUCGCUCACUCCUGCGUGAUACAGUGUUGACGGAGUGGUGUGUAACGUCACUGAACAGACAACAGCUACGCUUAGUUUUCCAAAGCACUGGCCAGGAACAGUUGAGACAUCAUGUAGGACGGUCGGACGUGUCCUCUACUUAAUGCUGUUUUAUGACACUGCAGUUGAGUCGACUGAAAUUUAGAGAAGCGCGUUCGUUUAGAAGCUGUCAAAGUUUUUAGAACCGUGAUGAUAAAGAUGCAGCAGGUUUAAUGUGAACAAGGCGUUGGAGCACUAAUGCGCUCGGUCAUCAUACACACACACACACACACGCAAACAUACACACCAAACCCUCACACUCAUUCCCCCAAUCCAUGCGGGGCGUAGACAUUGACUAAUUGGACUCUGACUGAAGCCAGACCAACCCAGAGUUACUGUACAACCUCACUGCUCAACAAAUCCAGCUCUGUGAUUGGGCCACAGAAAGGCCGGGGCUUCUCUCUGCAUCGGUUGAUGGCGCCCGACCAACAGCAACAUGCCAGGGUGGAGCGAACGUGCGUGCAGCUUCCCUCAGCUCUACAACGCCUGCCCUCCUGGUGCAGCUGUAGUCUAAAGUCACAAGCUGUUUCUGCAUGUGGGACUCCUACUGUGCAAGGAAGUGUCCCAAAGUGUGAGUCACUUGCGUUAGCCAUCAAUGAGGAGUUUCUCAACCCGGGUGUCACUUGGUAUGCAGACACGUUCACAGGAGAGGCGAACACAGUGACAUUUUUGUGAGUCUGUGUUUAAUAGAUUCCCAAGUAUCACUUCUGUAUGAUCAGCAUGGAGCUUCUGCUAACAGUACGCCAUGCUCACAUUCACUUACAGCUUUGCUCAGGUCGUGAGGAGUUCAGGAGCAAACAUGGUCACACAGGCCAGAAGAAGGUUGAGAAACGCUGCAUUUGUGGGUCAUGAAUUCCUUAAAGCUGUCCAUUCAGUGAAAUGUCCUCACCUGCCACUACUCCCUCCCUCCCUAUCUACCUAUUCUACCCCUCCACGCGAGGGGAAAGCAGUGCCCUACUGCUCGUGCACACAUUUCUCACAUUAAUGCAGUGCCUUCAGUGUCUGUUGGAGUUACAAGAAUGCAAACCUAAGAGGGGAAAAGGCUCAGAACAGACUGUAAUCGCUCCUACUUGACUGUUCAUGACCGCACAUUUCUUUGUUUAGGAUCCUCCUGUUUUCUGUGCUCUAAUCCCUCACUGCUCAUUUCACAACCCCUACCGUGCAGUAACUUCGCUACAGUCUGCCGUGGCUUCCCUUUUUUUUCAUAUCUGGUCGACUCCCAACAACAGAUGUUGGUCAUUUUGCUAAAAACGUGUAAAAGCAGAGACGCAUCUGGUAGGAAUUACGCUCACGUCGAUGCAAAUCCUCUGCAUACAUUCCCAUUCCGUGUUCUUAUUUGUAAUGUUUGUAUGUGCCGUUGAGAGACGAAAAUGUUGAGUGACAUUUAUCAGAGAUAUAUUCUAUAUUUUAUUUGUAUUUAAAGGUAGAUAUUAUGAAAAGACAAGCUAACGAGUGCUGUGAUGUUCUAUAUGUUUUCAGAAGUACUUACAUAUGACUAGUCCGGGGAUAUUCUCACGUCUAAUUAUUGUAUUGUGUGGCAACGAUGAUUACUUUACAAAAUGUUAAUUAUUAGCUAUGUAGAAAUAUGCUCAAAGCCAACGGCCAUAUUGCUGUAUGAUGAUUUUUGUGUGUGUGUUUUUGCCAUGUUUGUACUGGCUUGUCAUAGUGGAUUCUUGGAGGGAUAUUAUUUUUCUAUGAUGACUUGUAUGUUGUUUGUGUGAAAAAUUAAGGUCACUUCUGAAUUGGCGGGGUGGGCAGAGACAGGGGGUGUUAAAAGGACAACAGAAAAGUGGGGGAAAUGUGGAAAGAAAGAUGGCGACGAGGAGGAGAUAAGAAGGUUGACGAGUUGUUGAACGAUGGGGAAAGAAAGUGAGGCGGUCUGGGAGAGAAGGUGGGAAGAGGUGGUGCUUUUAUUCGCUCGAAAACCUCCAUCAGUCACGGGCCCGUUUCAGUCCAGACGCGCUCAGACGGGCUCGGAUUUCACGGAGCCGAGGCCACUGAGUAGUGCUAGCAGUAUCAUCCGUAAGCAGGCAUUGUAAUGCAUUAGACUGUGUUGACAAAUAACUCUUAAAGAUAUGAGGCAUAUAUUUAGCUAUAUGAAUAUCAAUGUGGCAAAGCAUUUAUCCUCAAUAUUUUAACGUCUCACAUCUGUCAAACUGUGCUGGAUGUUUUGUAAUACUUGCAAAACAAAAAUGGUUUUUGUAUUUAUUACUUGUAUUUUUUCUAUUGUGAAAAUUUAAGUACAUUGUCUAUUUUAUAUAUUAAUUAUAAUAAAUGUUGUACAUAUUGUAC